GCCCCAGUCACUGGACGCCUGAGGCGGAAGGGCCCAGACCGCUCUGCUCCCUUAGUUGGCCCUUCCGGGAGCCGCCUGGUUUCUAGCGCAGGAAGGGGAAGGGGCCAGAGCUGGGGGAGGCGUGGCAGGAAGGGGGGAACUCUGUGGUCAGGGAGCUGCUCACCAGCACAGCUGCGCCGGCCCUCAGCUGCGCUCCGCCUGCCGCCCCUCCGCCCGCCCAAGAUGAUUCCCACGGCGCUCCUGCUCGCACUCCUUUUGGUUGGACAAGCAGAGGCCCUGGGAGAGCCUCAGAUCUGCUACAUCCUGGAUGCAAUCCUGUUUCUGUACGGGAUCAUCCUAACCCUGCUCUACUGUCGACUCAAGAUCCAGGUGCGAAAGGCAGCUGUAGCCUAUCAGAAGUCAGAUGGCAUUUACACGGGCCUGAGCCCCCGGAACCAGGAGACUUAUGAGACCCUGAAGCAUCAGAAACCAACAGAGUAACUAGGACAGAUGCCCUUGGUCCCGUCCUCCUGCUCCAGUUCCCGCCCAGUCCCAUGGUCGACACCACAUAUGCCUCCCGCCAUUAAUGCCCGCAGACCUCCCCGUAAAGACGCUAUGCUCCCAUGAAUGGACCCACUGGUUCCUCCUCCCUGCCCAAGGCCUGUGCUCAGAUCCUGCUCAUUAAUGUGCAUAUUCUAGUCUCCCCUGACCUCCCCCUCCUUCCCUACACCCAGCUCCCCCACCCGCCCCCCUCCUCCCUCCUCCCCGUUCCCACCAGGCAAUGGGACAGGAGCAGCACCAAUAAAGCUGCCUCAGACUGGGCUC